GUCCCGCCUUGCAUCUCAGUCGAUCGGGAGGCCGAAAGCAGCCGCCUUCUUCGCUUCCGUAAAGCGCGGACCAGAACUUUGCGACAGAAGGCUGGGGAGAUGAUCCUUUUCAGUGAUGCUGUGGGCUUCCAGGUACACGAAGGAAACAGCAUGCCAAGUUAUGAAAACUUCUCUUUUAAUGGAUAACAUUAUUUACCUGAGACAUGACCAAAUCCAUCUAACAUGAAAGCAUCCAGAAUUAUUGAAAAUAUUUAAUUUGUCGCCAUGGAGAAACGUUUUCAUUUGCUAAAGGAGUUGUACGAUAAGAUACUGGCAGGUCUUCCAUUAACAAAAGAUGGUCAUGGUUACACAGCUCUUCUCAAUCUUCUAGUUCCAUUUCAAUGCCUGUCAGUAGAGAGCGCUGAGUCAUACCCAGAAAAGUGUCCAUUUUCUUUCAGUGAUCAGUGUGCAGGGGAUUCUACCGGCCUGGUGUGUCUAUCGCUCAAUAUUAAUUCUGUACCUGAUACGACUGAAAAUGGGAACCAUCAACGAGAAACAACCUUGCUUCAGUUAACCUUGAUUGACAUGCUGAUCACCAAAGUGCAGAACCCAGGUCUAGAAGAUGGGACAAAACAGAAAUAUCUUGACAUUAUUAGAAUUCUUGUGAAAGACGCAAGCAUUGACUCAAAAUUAAUUUUUGCGUUACGCUCUUCUGAUCGACUGAUGUCUCAUGUCGCUUGUAAAAGUUUGGUCUCGCUUGUGCAUUUUCAGUUAAGAGAAGAGGGUUUGUUGAACGACUCCUGGCUCACGUUUUGCUCAGAGACUUUGUCGGGCUUCCCCAGCAGCUGCUGGAUAGCAGAAUGCCUGUGGACUCUUACAAACAUAAUCCGAGAAAUUUUGAAGGAAGAAAGUUCAGGCACAACAGGUGGACUCGAUAAGCUUCUCUCUCCACUCGAUGGUAUCCUGGAAGGCUUUUACCACCGUGUCUUAUCUCAGGUGCCUGAUCUCGACAAGAGUCUUCCAGCUUCGGCGAAACGCACAAACGACCUGAACGGUCUUCUUGACCUCCUCGAACUGCUCGCAGCCUCGAGGAGCCGAACGGCGGUACCCUUUGCCUGCCAAAGGAUGCUCUUUUCUAACUCCGCUUACCUGUUGGGUCUCGUCACCUGCCCCGUGCACAGUUUCAUCAAAAGGAAGUCUGUUGUGCUGCUGAAAAGAGGUGUUCUUUGCAAAGCUGGGGAAGACCUAGUCAAGAAAGCGUCCCCUCCGUUCCUCCGAGACCCCCAUUUCAAUGAGGACAGAGACGUCUUCUCAAGCACCGUUCUGCAGUUUGUCAAUUCUGGAUGGCUGUACCGGUUGUCUGUCGGUGAAAAGGUUGCUCACUUUGGAGGCAGUCAAGUUAGGCCCGAACUGGAUAUCUGUAAUGGUCCUGACAGAGUGUUCCUCAGAGCCUUAAGCUUGGUUCUGCUUAAAGCUUUGGAAAUCAGGGUCCAGAGCUGCACUUCUGAAUGUGAAGCCCAAGUUCUUUUAGAGAGCAUCAUGUGCCCCUUGUUGUCCUUCUUAAAGAACUGUCUGAGAACUUCUCGCUGCGUCCACCCAUUUCAACACCCCUGCUUGUGGCUUUCCGAGCUCUUCAUAGAACAAGAUGACGAUAUGUUUGAAGCCUCCAAAGCCUUAUUAAGUGUUCAUUCGCAUUUGAGGAGGUUCUGGCUCGAAGAUGCGUUUCCCUCGUGCCUCUCCGAUGACCAAACUCAGGGCACGCUGACACACAGGAAUGGCUGCAAUCCCCACUGUGUCUUCCUGUUUCUGUUGCAAAGCGUGGCAUUUGACCCCACUGUUCUCCUUGACUUUUUGAUAUCGUCAGAAACCUGUUUCCUGGAAUACCUGGUUAGGUACUUAAAACUUCUGGUAGAAGACUGGCCCCGUUUUGCCUGCGUCUCCGAAGGCUUCGAGCCCAUGGCGAGUGGAGUUCACAGCUUUUCUUUGAAGGGCCCAUCCAAUCAAGAGAAGAAUGGCUGCCAGUUGCACGCACACGCAGAAAGAACCUUGUGUGAUCCACAGUACUGUACCGUCCCCUUCCUGACCUCUUCCCAGAGUUACUCUGUCGUCCUGCAGUUUGACAACCGAGUUGUCAAACCCAACAGGUCCGGCUGUCUAAGAGGGUCCGAUAACAUGUCUUCACUAGGGAGCGUUCCAAGGCUGGUUGAUUAUGAAAGUUCAGAAGACUCUGAUGGAGAAGAGGAGUGUUUGGCAGACAGGCCGCAGACACUGUUGAAUAAUCAAGCCUGCUCAGACACGGCCAUCUUGGAACAUGAUGCAUCGCCUCCAGACGAUGAUUUGACUGUUUUGCCCCCAUCUUGGCACCAGGGGUCCCCAAAUGAGCCCACAUUAGCCGAAGGAACUCUCUGGAAGUCGGUGAAGUGCUUGCAAGAACUGCACAAAUCUAUUUCUCGUCUGCACAGAAGAAAUCUCUUCCCGUACAACCCAGCUGCUCUUCUGAAACUGUUGACUCGCAUCGACAUUAUUAGUGGAGCGGGCAGAUCGGCUCCUAGCCCUCCGAGUCUAGAGUGUCUCGUCUCCCUCGCCCCAUAAUAGUGUUAGAAGAAUCUUUCCACAUGAUUAAUUUGUACCGAAACCUCUUGCCAAGGUUGUACUGCUCAAGUGCUGCGACUAGUCUGAAUUGCAACCUUGUGAGUCACCGUUGGGCAACACCAUUAAAAACCCGUGUGAUGUAAGGAGGGAGGGUAGGGGACGCUACGGCACACGAAUAUCUUGUUUGUCAAGUGCAUUAAAGCUGAACGCUCUCAAGUUAGAGGUGUAAGGGAGAUUUUUGUUUGCUAAGAGCUGGGGAUUCUGGGCAGUGAUGGAAGAUUUUCAGGGUUUGUCGGUCUACGGGAGAGCCGUCAAAUCCAGCAGAGGGCGCAUUAGGGCCUUUUCGCACACAAGGUUUGCUCUGGAAUGACUGCAACGCGCAUCAACAUCCCAAUCUUUUUGUUGCCGGUUCGUCGCUUGACAUCAUUCGCACUUCAGCCGGUUGUUCUGGAACCGCAUCUGAAUCCAGAAACCCCGAUAGUUUGCAUUGUCGAGGAAUGCAAUGCAAACGAGAGUUCUGAUUGGCUGCUUGGCCGUUACUGGGCGUGUCAUUUGUGAUGACAUGCCAAUCUUCCCAUUGGCUGACGUUACCUCGAGAUAUCUCGCGUUGAGUGUGCCGAGGUCUCUUUACGGUUUCCUCCCAUUGGCUAUCCAUCGCGCGGAUGUGUUAUCACAAGAUCAACUUCCUGUGUUCUCGCAAGAUCGCUUCCUUUAGCAGUGUGGUUGCCUGGUUUCCCGCACCCGGUUUGCUUCCUUGCGGGCGGUGAGCAUAUUGCAGACUUAGACAUGCCUUUGCAGCCAGAUGAGGAAGAGCUGCUGCUCAUGAUUCUGCUGCUCCUCGCUCAAUGGUCCCAACUUAGGCCUGCGGCACAAGUUGUGAUGCAGCAGAUGACUGCCCAUGGCAAUUUGCCAGAGGGAUCUGACUCCAGACGCAGGUCACGCGCAUGUCGGAGAUGGCUAGCAGUAGCCUACACCAUGCUGCUUCUGGGUGUACCCCCAUCGGAGCAGAGAUUGGUGGCAAAACUGUGUGUGGUCCUCCUGGAGUGAUGAGGUGUGGGUAAAGAAUUUCCGGAUGACCAGAAGAACAUUCCUGAGAAUAACACAGAGCCUUGCGCCCAGACUCCACCGGCAGGACACUCGCAUGCGUCCUGCAUUGCCUGUUGAAAUGAGGGUGGCCAUGGCAAUAUGGUACCUGGCCAGUCCAAACUCUUUCCGAGAGGUGAGGCAACAAUUUGGAGUGGGGACAACAAUGGUUUUUGAGGCCGUCCAUGAUUUCUGCGAGGCUGUGAGAGACAUACUCUUCGAGAGGGUUGUCUGUUUUGCAGAUCCUGUGGAAAAGGUCAUGCGCGGAUUCGCACGCCUGGGUUUCCCGCAGUGCGUUGGAGCAAUAGAUGGAUGCCACAUCAAGAUACAAAACCCAUCGGACAUCCCCGCGGACUUUCAUCAACAGGAAAAGGGUGUCCUCCAUUGUCCUCAUGGCUGUGUGUGACAACAAGGGUCGCUUCUUUGAGGUGGACAUUGGUCACCUAGGAAGGAGUCAUGACGUGCACAUAUUCUGUGGGUGCCACAUCACACAGGCCAUGGACAGGGGUCUUCCCUGUGAAUCCCGUACUGACAGUGGAUGGGGUGGCCGUCCCCCCACUAAUUCCAGCGGAUGGCACCUUCCCCUUGCGCAGUUGGCUUGUUAAGCCAUAUGUACCUGCGCACAAUGCGAUAGAGCGGUUUUUCAACAGGAAAAUUGCAAGGCCAGGAGCAUUGUUGAGCAGGCAUUUGGGUGUUUAAAGACCGGUUGCAGAUGCCUCAUGCAUACAUUGCCCAAUCAGGUAGAAAGGGCCAAUGCCAUGGUGGCUACCUGCGUUGUUCUUCACAACCUGUGUGAGGCUGAGGGACGUGAUGCUCCAGAGAGUGAGAGCAGGGUGGGGUGCCUCCUUACUGAGAUGGAGGAGCAGCAGCCAAUUAUUAUUGCACAGGACGAGGGGCUGCCGUGCUGAGGAGCGUAACCUCAUGGGCAGCGGAAAGACACCCAAUAGGAAGCUGUAUGCAGGGUAAGGCCGUGAGAACGGCCCUAGCAACUUACCUGUACUGUAAUCGUCCGUGACUCGAUUAGUUCGUGCAAGGCUUGCCCACUGCCUUUGUUCCCCAUUUGCAAAAUUUCCAUUUCUUUGUACUUUUCAAAAACUGCAGUGCUCUUUUCUUCCCAUGUUAAUAAACUGCAACCAUGUCUCCA